AGUUAUCACAACGUGACGCAAGAUAGCCUCGAUUGCCAAAACGAAACGCUUUAACCUUGCCAUAACCAGUUAUAGAUCAAAUACGCAGGAUGGCGGACGCGGAAAAAACUUUACGCGAUACUCUAGACUUAAUAUUGGACGACAGAGGUUAUAAACCACGGGAAAUCACGGUCAAGGCAAAAGAGACUGGUGGAGCGAACUAUACAUCUACUUUGUUUGUUGUAAAUGUUUCAUCACCAGAUCAAGAGAAUCUGAAGUUAUUCGUAAAAGUCGCCAGCGUUGGAGAAUCGAUACGAGGUAUAAUGCAUGCAGACUAUUUGUACAGAACAGAAAGAUUGUUCUACACACAACUAACUAAAAUAUAUGAAGAAAUUCAAGAAGAACGAAACAUUCCUGCAGAACACAGAUUUAUAUUCCCCAAAUUUUACGGAUGCAACGGUAAUUAUUGUAAAGAAACAGUUGUUAUGGAGGACUUGGCUGCCGUUGGUUUUGAACCUGUUGAUCGAUUAAAAUCUAUUGAUUGGGACCACGCGAAAGCAGCUGUUGAAAAUUUAGCUAAAUUCCACGCUCUGUCAUUUGCUUUUGAGAAAUAUAGACCUGAAGAAUUUGAAAUAUUAACGUCUGCUAUGAAAUUUGAGAUGAGUGGUAUGGAUGAUGGACAUGAAGAAACAGUGAAAGUUAUGGGUGAGAAAAUGAUAGAGAGCGCUGCAGGGUUGGUAAAAAAAGAGUACAAGGAACGAGUGCGGGAUUUUGCACUGACUCAUAAAUUAUGGGAAACGUAUAACCAUCCAAUUGGAAAACCUGUUAUUGCACAUGGAGAUUAUAGAACGAGCAAUCUGUUGUUUAGGAUACAGGAUGACAACCUCCAGGCCAUCGCGGUGGACUACCAGACAGUGCACGCGGGCUGCCCGGCCGGCGACCUCGUCUACUUCAUCUUCAUGGGCUCCGACGAGGAGUUCCGGAGACAACACUACGAGAAGCUUCUGGACCACUACUUUGUCUGCUUGGAGCAAGCCUUGGAAAGGCUGGCCGUGGAGCUCAGCGUUUAUACGCGGGAGAAGUUCGACAGUGAUAUGAAAGAGUUGCUGCCAUACGCGGUGCUGCUCGGCGUGAUGGUGCUGCCCGUGGUGACGGUGCAGGCGGACGCCGCGCCGCGCGUUGACGGCGACGCGGACAUCAACGACUUUGUUAUGAAGCCUAACGAGCUGUUUGCGCAGAGGUUCAACGGCAUCGUCAACGACUGCAUCCGAUGGGGCGCCAUUUAACGAUGCUGUGCAGUUAGAGGCGACGCGACGUGGGCUUCAGCGGCUUUGCUGUGAAGCCCAACGAACUGUUUGCGCAGAGGUUCAACGGCGUCAUCAACGAUUGCAUCCGAUGGGGCGCCAUUUAAUGGUUUUAAUCGCCUGCCAUCCUCCAGUAUGAUAUCCAUGAGGAUUUUUCUCCUCUAGUGAUAAAACCGCCUUAAUAAUUAUUAUUAUUAUCAACUUAGUUGGAAUGGGUAAUAAAUAUGUAUUUAUUGUAAGUUGUAACUUUAAUUAAGUAGAUAAUAAUUAUGUGUGUUCAGUAAUAUAAUUAAUUGCUAAAACCAACGAUAGAUGUAUAAUUAAAAUAGCUGAAAUAAUUAACUUUAAAUCAUUAAUAAAAAUUUUGAUUAGAUAGCCCACCAUAAAGCACCAGUAUAAAAAAUUAUUAUUGAAAAGUGUACCUACAUAAUGAUCAAUCCAUACUAAUAUUAAAAAUGCGAAAGUGUAUCUGUCUAUCCGUCUGUCUGUCUGCUACGUUUUUUACGGCUCAACCGCUGAACCGAUUUAAUGUUUAGGACAGACUUAGGAUACAUUCCCGGGAAGGACAUAGGCUACUUUUUAUCCCGGAAAAACAAUCAAUUCAAUAACGCCGUAACAGAGCUAUGAAUUGACGUCGUUUUUUGCAUAGACAUAGUCGAUAUAUUUUAGGCUACAUUUAUUUUCAAAGAAAAACACACAGUCCCCGCAGGAUAGCAUUCUUUAACACAUGAUAAAAUAACUUAAGCUUUGCACCAAAUAAUAUUGUAACAAACCUCAAUUAUUAUCAUUAAAACCUUGAGUCACGCCAGCGAAGCUGCGGGUAAUAGCUAUUUAAAUAAGUUAUAUUCAAUUAGGUAUGAAUUUGUUUUUCUUUUACAGUAAGUAUUAUUAAGUAAAUUGUUUUAAAAUAAAUUUUUAAAUAU